UCCCUCGCUUGCUCCCAGCCCGCUCCCGCUCGCUGCCUGCCCACUCCCGGGGGGAACGUUCCGCGCCGCGGCCUCGCGGCCGCCGCUUCUUUCACACUUUAGUUGGGAGCUGCGCGCCGCGCUCAGUUACUGGAGAGCUGGCCCCGUGCCGUCGCCUCCCGCACGCACGCACGCGGGCUGGGCUCCGGGGUUCUCGGCGUCUACUCCGAGCGGCGGGGAGGAGGGGGACACCCGGACUCACUGUGGGGAGGCGAAGGAAGAGGAGAGGAGGGAGGAAGAGAAAAGGCGAGGAGGAAAGGGGCGGGGGGCGGGAGGCUUGCCACCUUCGGCCCCCCCCGCGAGCGCCCAAGGUGCGCACAUCUUGACCAACUCAGCAGGAAGGUGGAUUUUCUUUGCGUUUAAAGAAAAAAAAAAUGUCCCUGUGUCUGUAGAGAUGAUUUGCAGUUCAGCCCGGCUGAAGCUGACCGAAUGAGACUAUGGGCUGUGCCUCUGCUAAGCAUGUUGCCACUGUUCAAAAUGAAGAGGAAGCCCAGAAAGGGAAGAACUACCAGAAUGGAGAUGUGUUCGGCGAUGAGUAUAGGAUCAAACCGGUGGAAGAGGUCAAGUACAUGAAAAAUGGGGCAGAAGAGGAGCAGAAAAUAGCAGCCAGGAACCAAGAAAACUUGAAUGAAGCUUCAUUACUCUGGACACCGAGUGUUGUGGAUAAAGUUGCCUUUGAGAGGAUAUGUCUCUAUCAAAAUAGUCAGCAGUUCACAUUCACAGUGUUAAAGGAAAAAAGUGCCAGUUCAAAUGUAAGACUUAAAACUAAUAAAGAGAUUCCAGGAUUAGUCCAUCAACCCAGAGCAAACAUGCACAUCUCUGAAAGCCAACAAGAAUUCUUCAGAAUGCUGGAUGAAAAAAUUGAAAAGAUAUUCAAUUGGAGUAUGACCUGAGCUGAAGAAGGCAGAAACUUAACAGACUGAGCCAUCCAGACGUCCCAAGACAGCUCUUAAUAUUAAAUAAAGAAUGUCUCAGUACAGUGCCAUUUGCAUCUGAUUAGUUUUUCUCAAGCAAGACUUUGUAAGCUUUGUUAAGCCGUGAGCAUCUUUUUGGAAUCUUAUAAAAGUUAUAGAGACUCUCCCUAUAAAAAUGCACAUAUCAUAUACACAAAUUCCUUAAGUAAAAUGUCAGAGUUUGAUAAUUCCCUGGAGCCUGUCCCUGGGCCCCAGGCCAAGAACCUGUGGAUUUCUUUAUGAUGGCAUUUCAUUGAUGUGCUGCUUCCCUCUGAUCCAGGGGGCUAUCUGCACCCGUGAACCUUACUAGCAAUGAUCCAUAUAGAUCUCUGGUUUUAAAGACUAGGAAACGCCACACAAACCCAUUCUCCUUUUCUUACUGCCCUUCCUUCCUCUCAAAAGUAGCUGAUAGUACUUCACCCCCUGAGGAUGAGCGACCAGCACACCUACUGUAUCAUCUCGCUUAUUCCUAUACGAGCUUGAGAUUCUGUCACUGUUGAAUGGAAUUAUUCAUUAUAACCUUUUGAGGAAAUGUAUGAGAAAGAGCAGCUCUGGAUUUAAAAUCGGCUGAUUUUAAAGGACGUUUGUUCAUCAAUAGACCUGUACAUCUAUUAAAAAAAUCAUUUACACUUAGAAAAUGUUUGCAUUCCUGCAGUGGCCUGAUUCCCUUGGCCCCAGAACUAACCUAGCUGGUGAGAAAGAGCAUAUCUGCAUUUAUAAAUUUAUUUCAAGGGCUCUUCCUCGUAAUAUUACAUCAGCUCAGUCUGAACCAUGUCUUGAAUCAAUGUGUUGGAGAUCAGAAGGUGUUUGCUUUUCACCUGGUGAAGAGAGUGACUAGCAUGUAAUUUAUGAACCAUGAUGUUUGGUUCUAUAUAUAAACUACCCCUGUAGGGGACUAUGUAACUUCAGAGUUGCUAUAGAAUCAGAUACAAUGUGUGGCAGAUGCAGCUGAUGAUAGGUUUUACUCUCUGGGCGCCUGUUUGAAGGCCUCCUCAGUGCCCACUAGGGAAGAGAAACAUGGGACUGUUGUAUCAAAUCCUAAGGAAUGUUACACAGCCUGCGUGUGUGUGCAGAGGAAAUCAUAGGGUGUGCCUCCCUUCUUGCUUUUCACUUUUAACAACAGCCAAGGCCCUCAACAGCCCUCAACACUGGUGGAGAGAGGCUCCUGCUGGCAUGUAUAUUUUGCAAGUGGGCUGGAAAUGAAAUAUCAUUUCAUUAAACAGUUUUGUGUUCCACAGUAAGCAUAGUAUGGCCUUGCUAAUAACCAGACCCUUCCUGUGUCCCCUUGCCCUCCACCCCCCUGCCUUGCCUUCCCUCUCUCCUGUGUGUACCUUUCCUCAUUCAUCAGCCAAAUUAAAGCUGUAGUUACAAGGGUAAGGAUGGGACUCAGUCCUGUUUUGUUUUUCUCCCUACUGAAUAGUCAUGAUGAUAACACUGGUGUAGGAACCACUGGCAAAGCGUGUGGCUAAGAUGCUAAGGUAGCUGAUAGGAAUAGAUGGUGCGGCCAAGGAAGAUAAAGCAGGCAACGAGCCUGAAAGAAAUGAAACACUCGGUCUCUGCUUGCUUUCUUUUUUCUGGAGGGCUUGAUUUUCUGAGAAUUCUUGAGGCACUAUCAGCCGGGCUCUUUAGGGAGCAGCAGAGAAGAGUUCAGAUUCCAGAACGAUGCAGUACAUGAAUGCAAAUAAGAGCCCUACCGUUUUUAUGAAUGAAGUGUGGCCGACAGUAAUGUGGGGCACAACCAGUGAAUGGUGUCAUUUUGCCAUGGUGCAGUAGUUAGGCAAGGGAGGGCAGCCCAAGGUACCACUCCGAGCAGAGACAGUGAUGCUGGUGUGGGCCAUUCCCUUGUUCCCAUUCAGUUUCUCCUUCCCAUCCUCUUCCUGGGCUGUUUCCCUUCGUCUGCAUGGCCUUUCCAUUCUUUGCGUUUGGCAGCCAUGGGCGUUGUCUUAACCCUCUGGGCUAAGAUUUGUCUUUGGGAAUCAUUUGUCUUUGCUUCCCCAGAACCUAGCACAGGGCCUAGGACAGAAGAGAUGCUUAGCACACUUGUUGAAUGAGGGAAUGGUACAAAUAAGACCGUGGGGCUUAGCAGAAGCGAAAGCAUACAAAGGAAGGAGGUAUGGUCAGGCAGCCUCCUACAGUAGAGGGCUCAGCAAGAUAGGAGGUGCUCUUAACAAAGAACAGCACAAUAAGUAGCUAGCAGGUGCAGAGCCAAGACCUGCAUUGAGAGAAGUCAAGGAAAGAAGCAGCACAGAGGAAGACAAAGAGCCUUGCUUCCAACCCCGGGCCAGAUCUGAGAACCAGCUCCAGUUGUAGCUGUGUGGCCCCAGGCUGAUUGUUAGACCUUUCUGAUACUCUGGCUCCUCUUCGACAAAUUUGCAUAACAAUACCAACUUGUCUGGGAAAUUAGAGCUAAUUCACCAGAGUCUAGCGGAGGGUUUGGUCCGUUGGACAUGCUUGAAGUUGUUUGUAUCCUUAUCAUCAAGGCCAUUUGUAGAGACUGAGGGGAGGUGGGUUUUGAGGGGGCAAAAAUUGAAACUAAAAAUGCAGAACUUAACAGCUUGAAUUUUGCUCCAGCAAAAGUGCCUUCCUGUGGUACAGAUGUCUCCUUAUAGGUUGAGUAUUGGAAGAGGAUUCUUUGCCAGUGUGCCCUGACCUGCCUCCCUCCUGUGUGGUAUAAACGUGUUAAGGAAUUAGAUUCAUGUGAACAUUUUUAGCACCAUUCAAUAACCUUGCACUAGCUUUUGAGCUGUGAUUACAGAACGAGUCAGUGAGUCAGUGGCCUGGGUAGAGCUGGAUCCCUAUAUAGAUUUUUCGUGUUUAGAGGGUUCAUUCUUUUUUAACUCUUGUAGAUUUUUUAAAACACACUUUUACAAAUAGCAAUACCAGCCUCAAAAGGCUUGUGACAACAACAAAAACAAAAAAAGUUAGGAAAGGGGAUCUCCCCAAAAAUCAUUAAAACAGUAAAACUGACUUCUUUUGAUUCAUUUAAUGAGCAUAACUGGGAUGUGUUCCCUGGACACAGAAAUGAGCCAGGGGCCAUAGAAGGUGCAUAAUUUAAAAGUUGGGUUUUUGCCUUUAGGGAACGUCUAAUCUAGAAGCAUAAAAUUUCGAGUUGAGAGGAACUUUAGAGAAUAUCUUAUCGAUUGCCCCCAACUCUUUGAAAUUCCCACUAAGCAAUUCCUCUGUAGCAAAGAAUGACACAUGCCUGUUUAUAUCAUUUGGGAAGGAAUUACGAAGCAUAUUAUGUUCUGUACAUUUCUUGAAAGUUUUAUUCUGAGAUAAUCUUGUUAUUAAUGGAUACUUAUUCCUCUCUUUGAAGUUCUGUUGAGUGGAGACAUAUUCUGUUUCAUUCCUAGAAAAAGCAUUCUUGGAGCAGAUAAUUCUAGAUUGCCCUCAUUUAAUCCCAUUUUCCUACAUAGAUUCAAAAGAGGAGUACCAAAAUUCUUUAAACUCAUAUUCCCAAAAUUGGUUGUUGGAGGUUUGGAGACAUUUAAUCAUAUCCUGCCUCCCUUCUGGGUUCUUAACACACUGAAAAUUGACACAAGGAGCCGGGUGACUGUCAUGGGUCAGUGUCUCCCUUAUUCAUGAGCCUCGUAAUUCCCAAAUGCAGAGUUUCUAGUAAACUAGUUCAGAAUAUAUUUGCAACACUUAAAACAUCGAAAGGAUCUAUAGCUGGAAUAUAUAAAGAAGUACUAUUAAUACAAACCAAUAAAAUCAUCGAUGAAACUUCUGGGUCGGUAUCCUUGAAAUUCGUUUACAUCUAUACAAUAAAAUUUACUGAAACAUUCUGUGUUUGAUAGCAAAGGGAAAGGCCCCCGAAGCAGCCUAAGUGUCUACCUGUGGAGGAAUGAGUAGAUGAAACUGUAGGAAUCUGCAGUGGAAUAUUAUACAGCAGUUAAAGGAAAUGAAUCAGGUGUGUGUGUGUGUGUGUGUGUGUGUGUGUGUGUAUAUAUAUAUAUAUACAUGGACUGUAUAGAUUUGAAACCAUAUUAUUACAUGAACAAGGGAAUAUGCAGAAUGAUAAAAAUUGUAUGAUACCAUCCCAAUUAAAAAAUGUAAAAAUGCUGUACGUUGUUUAGGGAUGGACAUUCAGCAAGUAUUUAUGAAGUACUGUCUAUAUGCCAUAUGCACUGAUAGACGUAUACACGUGUGUAUGCACACAUUGAUAUGAUAUAUUUUUAUAUGAUAUAUUUAUAUAUGGAUGUGUUUAUAUCUGUUAUAUAUUUAAACAUGCAUAUACACGUAAAGCAUAGUUUAUUCGAUAGAGUAAAAAUAUGAAUGUUAGAGUAUCAAAAAUGAGCUGGGAGGCCGCCUACUAAACCCAUGACCAUUGUUGUGCCUGGGGACAGGGGAAUGGGGACUGGGACAGCAAUUUCAUCAGGGAGGGCAGCAGCUAGAAGCAGAUGUUACAAAAUAUUACUGCUUCUUAUGUCCAAGUGAUAGAAAUACAGUCUUUGUUACAUUCUUUUUACUUUUCUGUACCUUUUAAAUUUCUCAAGAUUAACAGAAGUCUAUGAAAACAGGACAAUGUUUAUGACAAAAUGUCUAGUGGGAAAAAACAGAUUAAAUAGUGGUCACGAGUCUUGCUCACACUUUCCACAGCAUCCCAGCGUAUGCAGUUUGGUGGAAGACAACCAACAAGCAGUAAUAUACAGGCACUGAGAAAUGCUCUAAGUCACCUGAAACGGUCCUUUUUUAGAUUUCCUUUGAAUCAUUAUUCCCAAGGAUUCUGAUAGUCAUGACCAGAGAUGUAGUUGACUUCUGUUGAUUGUUAUUCAUAUUGGCCAGUUGGCCAAAUAUGAGGCAAUCCUUAAUUUAAUCAGAGCUUCCCAUUAGGCUAAAUAGUCCCCACAAAUCCAGUCACUUCGGCUUGCCUCAGCCUGUCAUGUGUCCUCUGGACCCCCCUCAGUUGUCAUCCUUGUAGAGUGCUCAUUCCCAGGAAAUGUGUUGGGUUCAUCAGGCCAGUAGGCCCCUCAGGAUCCAUAAUGAAGUCCCAUGGACCUGCUUUCCCUUCUCUUUUAGUGUGCAGGUUGGCCACCUUAGCCAUGUCCUGGAUGAGGAAGGAAGCCACAUGGACAUGCUCUCCCCAUCCCGGGGCCCAGGACACCCACUCCUCAUUGCCCUUUGGGCUUUCUCCCCAUCCUAUAUGGCUACUCCACUCUUCUCUACCUUUUAUAGGCAGGGACCUCCCAUCAGGAGCUGUGGUCCUCUUCCUGGCCGGAUGCAUGUGCUUUCUAUUCUGAAAGCAAAGAGAAAGGGAAGGGAUGGUGAGCACUGAUCGCGCAGACAAGGUUGCUCCUCUCUGUGGAGAGGAAGAAAAGGAACCAACCUUUCACACUUCCUCCUCUCUAGUCUGCUAGCUUAUGAGCAGUAAGAGGGGCAAACCCAACAUCCUCCAUUCUGUCCACAUACACCUGGCUGAGUCAGUCACCAUCCAUAGGGCCUUGGGGGUGGGACAGGGGGUGGUGAUGAGAAGGGCCUGCUGGGUUCCCUAACCUAGCAGGAGAGCUAAUUCCCAUCUGACUCCUUCUGACUGUUCUCAGUUAAAAACUAUAAGGAAAGGAAGUGGGUACUUAGUCUCACCCAAUCUCCAACUGUGUUCAGUGUACAUUCUAGGGUAUAAGCAAUUAGUUCUGAACAAAGAGCUCUAAAAAGUCUGUCUGGAAAACACGUCUUUGUCAAGAGGCAUAUGGAUUGAAAUCCCAAACUUGCUACAGCCAUUGUCCUGAAGGAGGUGAACCCCAGAGAAGCCAUGAGGCUUCAUGUCCUAGAGGAAGUGAACCCUAGAGGAGACUUCAUGUCUAGAGGAAGUGAAUCCUAGAGGAGACACAUGAGGCUUCAUGUCCUAGAGGAACUGAACCUUAGAGGGGACCCGCAAGGCUCAAUCUACCAAGUAGGUUGACCUGGCCUGGGGGUGAGGGGGUGGUAUUUAAAUCUUAACUCUUAUACCUGAGAGUAGAUUAAGAUAUCCCUUUGAAUUAAGUCCAUCAAAUGGCCUGGAAAUCUUCCACAAAGAAUUCCACAAAAAUUUGUUAUAUCUAUUUAUCAUUAGAAGGAAUCGGUUACAACAGGGAAAAACUUUAUAAGAUAACAUUAAGUGGAAAAAAAUGUGUCUGUCAUAGGAUUGAAACUAUAUAAAAAUGACAGAUAUAUGGACAGAGAUUUAAAUGAAACUUGGAAACUGUCCAAUUAAUUAGGUAGAUUGUAGGAAAACUUGAUUUUGAUUGAUGGUUUUCUUGUUUGUAAAAUAAGAACAAUUUUAUAAAAAUGACAUUUUAGAAGAGAACUCUGACCCCACCUUGAGAGACAUUUCUCUCAAGAUGGAAACUAUCUCUGUUGCUUGAGCUUCUAGGAAGAGGGCCAAACCCUUGACAUGUUGACCUCUGAACCCACUGAUGGUAAUUCUUUUCUCUGCAACAGGGGUGGGCAAACUAUGGUCCAUGAGCCAAAUCCAGCUCAUGAAACAAGAAUGGUUUUUACGUGUUUCAAUGGUUGGGAAAAGCAAAAAACAGAAUAUAUUUUCUGACAUGUGAAAAAUUACGUGAAAUUCCAAUUUUGGUGUCCACAAAUAAAGUUUUAUUGGAACACAGCCAGGCUCAUUCUUCUCCUUUUAUCUAUGGCUGCCUUCAUGCUUCCAACAGCAGAGCUGAGUGGCAACAGAGACCGUCUGCAAUGCAAAGCUUAAAAUAUUUACUGUUUGGCCCUUCACAGAGAAGGUUGCCAACUCCUGCCUCUGACAUCAGUUCACUAUGGCCUAGAGAUAGGAACCUCCCACCUUUAUCCUCAUUCCUGCUCACUUCCUGGGGUGGAGGGGGGGGGCAGGGAGAAGGAGCAUCAUUGAAGUCAUCUGAGUGCCAGUGUCAGAUAAAGCUUGAGAAAUAUGUGCCUUAAAGUUUCUAAAAUAGGGGCGCCUGGGUGGCUCAGUCGUUAAGCGUCUGCCUUCGGCUCAGGUCAUGAUCCCAGGGUCCUGGGAUCGAGCCCCGCAUCGGGCUCCCUGCUCGGUGGGAAGCCUGUUUCUCCCUCUCCCUCUCCCUCUCCCUCUCCUCCUGCUUGUGAUCCUGCUCUCACUGUGUCUCUCUCUGUCAAAUAAAUAAAUAAAACCUUUAAAAAAAAAAAAAAAGCUUCUAAAAUACCUUCCUUUUUGUUUGUAGAAUGAGGAUUCGGGUAUAAUAAACACGUCAUGAGGGUUUUAAAGCCGCGUAGUCAAUAUGUGCUCUCUCUUGGAAAUGAAAAGCUCAGUAUACUGGGACUGUUGUCCCUGGUGCUGUUAUCAUGGCGAUUGUGCCUCUGUCUGGUCAAAGAAGCCUUCACAAGCUGUCACGCUCCUGUUGCUCUUUACAAACGAGACCUUUUUCCAACCGAAAUAAUAACGCGUGAGUCUAAUUAGAAUAAAGCUCAUUAGAAACAGAGAUGGCCAUUAAUGCCUUGACUGAUUUUUCUAAUGAAGUAAGUCGGAGGAGGAGACUUGAACAGCGCAGCUAAUUAUUUUUGCUUUUCUUUGGCAUUUCCUCAAAACUGUGGUUAGAAAUUGUUGUUGGACUGUUAGUGAAAAUGCUGCUGGAGCGCUGACGGAAGACAGCCUGCCACUUCCAGCCCCGAGGACGGGGUGGAGGGCGCCUGCUUUGGGCCCGCUGCCCCGCAGGCGGAGGAUGGGGCGGGGCCUUCAUUCCACUUUUCCUCUCUUUUCCUGCCUCCCGCCUCCACAUCAUGGGUGUUCUGGAUUCCAGCUCAUCAUUCACAGAUGCUCAAGCUGUGGCAUAUAGCUCUCCUGCCCCUGUAUUCCUGGUUCAGGGACAGAGCUUUUAAAUGUCCAGAUUCCCAUGGAAAUUUGGAUCUGAGGUUGCCUCUGGAUGGUGAUGCCCGGAGGCAAAGGUCAGGGGAAUAAGAGGUGUUAGGUGGGCAGAGCAAGGAUGUGGCCCCAUUAAGUUUCUGCGCCAAGAUACAGCCACAGCGGCUGUGUUUCCUUAAUCGGGGUGUUCUUGGGCACCCUGAAAGCCACAGUGCAGGAUAGCAGUCGAUCCAGGAGGCAAAACUAUGUCAAGAAACUGAAAAUCAGGAUGCCUACGAUUAGGAAGAGAGAGGAGGAAGAUGAAUCAUACAAAGGAAGCAGACAGGAAGUAGGAGAAUCAAAAUAAUGCACAGGCCAGAAACAAACGGUGGUUCCUGGUGUCAUCCAGAGAGGUAAAGGAGAGGAGACUGAAUGCUUCCUUUGGUCAGUCAGUCAGCAAACAAGAGCCUGCUUUAUGACAAAUGUAGCUCGCAGUUUGAGACAGAAAUAAGCCUCAUUAGAACAAACUUCCAGGGCGCCUGGGUGGCUCAGAUGGUUAAGCGUCUGCCUUCGGCUCAGGUCAUGAUCUCAGGGUCCUGGGAUCGAGUCCCGCAUCGGGCUCCCUGCUCCUUGGGAGCCUGCUUCUCCCUGUGGCUUUCUCUCUCGCUCUGUCUCUCGUGAAUUAAAAAAAAAAAAAAAAAAAAAAAAAA